AUGGCGUAUUCCUUCCAACGUUCUUGCAUCCAGUUAGCACGCCUGUUCAUAUAUUCACAGGCCAAUGGUGACGUGAUGAGCUGCGGCUUCCCGAACCCGAACCCGCCCUGGUACGGCUACGGCUCGCCUCCGCCGCAGCAUCAAGGCCAGCAAUAUCCCGGCGGGCCUCCUCCUCCGUCUCAAUCCCCUCAGCCUCCGCCUGGACAGUAUCAGUACCCCCCGUCAGCUGGACCGCAAUAUCAGGGCCAUCCAUCUCCUCCGCCCGGCCAGCAGCCUCCGUACGGCCAGCAGUAUCCGCAGCCGUACAGCCAGCCGCCCGGAUACCCUCAGCCAGGAUAUCCUCAGCAGCAAUACGGCGGUCCAGCACAGCCUGGCUAUCCCCCAACUCAACCCCCGGGCCAGCAGCAGCACCCAUACUACGGCGCCCCCGUACCGUCAACACCCGCCUCUCCAGGCUACGACGUCUCCCAGCGCAAUCCCAUGCAACGCAUCGACACCUCCGCCGACAUCGAAGUCCUCCGCAAGGCAAUGAAGGGCAUGGGCUGCGACGAGCGCGCCCUCGUCCGCGUCUUCGCUAGCCCAAAGUACCAGCACCCCCUCGCCAUGCAGCAGCUGCGGGACGACUACGACGCCCGCUUCGUACGCGACCUAGAUGGCGACAUCAAGGGCGAGACAAAGGGCGAGUUUGAGGACGUCCUGCUAGCUCUGCUCAGGGGCCCCCUCGCCCACGAUGUCUUCACGCUCGUCAAGGCCCUCGACCGAGCGGGCACCGAUGAAGAUGCCCUCAUGGAUGUGCUUUUGUGCCGCUCCAACGCCGACAUCAGCGCCAUCGUCGCCGAGUUCAGGCACGUCACUGGCAGGAACCUGAUCGACGUGAUCAAGGACGACGUCGACACCAAUCUCUUCCGACUCUACAGCAUGGUCCUGUCCGCGACCCGCGCCGAAGACGCCGUGCCGGUUGUACCCGCGGACGUCGAGGCCAAGGUCACCGAGCUGCAGCGCGCAACGGAGGGCACCGUCGGCGCAAACACCGUGGCCGUGGCCCAGAUCCUCACGAGUGCGAAUGCCGCCCAACUGCGCGCCAUGAGCGCCGCCUACCAGAACAAGUACCAUCGCAGUCUGCAGGAUGUCAUUGAGCGGGAGUUCAGGGGGGACAUGGAAGAUGCGCUGUUGCGGAUCCUGACGUCUGCUACGGGGGACAGCGGCAAGGUGGAUGUGGAUUGGCUGAGGGCGCCGCUGAUGAAGACGAUGAAGAAGCAUAGUCUCUUCAUCUACCGGGCUCUGCGGCUGUAUUGGGGGGACAGGGCGAGAUUGCAGGCUGCUCAGAUGGCGCAUCAGCGGUAUUACCAUAAGACGCUGGGGGCGCAGCUGAAGGAGUUGCUGAGCGGCGAUUAUGAGCAGCUGAUGAUUGCGUUGAUUGGAGAGAAGUAG